UUUUAUUUACUCUGCCAUAGCCAGAAUAAGCAAGAGUGGAAAAUUUCGUUUAUGCCAUUGCCAGCAUCAGCAACAGUGAAGAAGAAAAGUCAGAUUGAACUUUAAAUUUUCAUUUCUUCCUCCCCAUCUUAAUUUUCGUUAGCAGUUAAUUAAACGAAACCCCUAAUCGUCGCCGCCGUCGUCGUCUUUUCAGCGACGCACUGUAACUCCGUCGCCUAUUCAAUCUCGAUCGAUCAAUCGAUCAAUCAAUGGCGGCAUCAGCACCAACAAUUUCUCAGCUUUCUUCUUCCUUCUCGUUUUCAUUCAACCGUAAUCUCCAAUUCCACCUCCGUCAACGUUCCAUUUUCUUUCCGCCGCUUCCUCUGUCUCGCUCCUCCAAGUUAUCGACUGUAUUGAGGAGUAGCGGUGGUGUUGAAGGCCUAAGAGGCGGAGAGGUUUCGAAUUCGGAGGUAUUAAUAUCAGAGGCAGAUGCAAUGAGUAGUGAGCCAGCUAAUGAGAAGGCAUAUGGUGCUGCCAAAAUACAUGAUUUCUGUUUCGGGAUUCCUUAUGGUGGUCUUGUUCUAAGUGGAGGCUUUCUUGGUUUUCUAUUUACAAGAAAUGUUACAGCUCUAAGCACCGGUGUUCUUUUUGGAGGUGCUCUGCUUGCCCUUAGCUUCUUAAGCUUAAAGAUCUGGAGGCAAGGAAAAUCCAGCAUACCAUUUGUGCUAGGACAAGCUGCACUCUCAGCAGCUCUUGUCUGGAAGAAUUUCCAGGCAUAUUCAGUGACAAAGAAGCUGUUUCCAACAGGAUUUUAUGCUGUCGUCAGUGCUGCAAUGUUGUGCUUCUUUUCUUAUGUGAUGAUCUCUGGGGGAAAUCCACCACCAAAAAAAUUGCAGUCUUCAAGUGGCUUGUCAUGAUGAGAUUUCAACAAGGUCAGAUAUAAAAUCUAUACAAUAAGAGUUUUCAGACUAUAGGAGUAUGAGGCUUUACUUUUAUUUGAUUCAAAGCUGCAUGAGUUAGCCAUACUGGUGAGUUGGGUUGCAGUCGGAGUAAGUACAACUAUAUGGUCUACCCGGUCAAUUAGAAUGUGUUAUAUUUGGCCCGUACAAAUACGAAAAACAAGUAUAUGAGAUGUUGGCCUAAUUAUUUUUUAAAUCCAAAUUUUUGCAUCUUUUAUCAGUUA